CCUUUUUGCUCCAACGGUAGGGUUUAGAUCUGUGUAGAUUCCAUCAAAGAGUUUGUUUUCAAUAACACGACCGUGAAGUCUGGAGGCAGUCGGCUGGGCUUUCUUCCUGUGACGUAGAUGGAUGGUUAAUUCAUUGGUGGGCUUUGUCAUACAGGAAGUCUUUUUAGUUUGUCUUCACACAUUUAAGUAAUAUAUGUGUCAUAAAUUAUUUAUGUGAUUUUCGCCCAGGUUAUUUCUAAAAAAGAUGUGCAAAAGUAAUGUAAUAUUGAAUUUAGGACCCAGCAUAGCUUAGUGUUUUGAUACGCGAACUGCGGAGCAUUGUGGGUGAUUGUAGCGGGUCAGUAAACAUGGCGGCCGCAGCGGGCAGGAUUCUGUCCUUCAGUAGAAAUGCUAAGGUACUUGUAUCACCACUGAAAAUGUCAGCUGUAUCUGCACCACGACACUACGUAACCGUGUCAAGCACCGGGGAAGCUAUCACCCACACCGGCCAGGUGUUUGAUGAGCAUGACCCCAGAAGAGCCCGAUUCGUUGGCAGACAGAAAGAGGUGAACAGGAACUUUGCCAUCAGUCUGGUGGCAGAAGAACCAGUCAGUGAAGUUGGUGCAAGGGUGGUGUCCUGUGACGGGGGUGGGGGAGCCCUGGGCCACCCUAAGGUGUACAUCAACCUGGACAAAGAUACGAAGGUUGGCACGUGUGGAUACUGUGGGCUUCAGUUCAAGCAGAGUCAUCAUCAUUAAGACUCUUCAGCAGUCUUUCUCUCUGUAGUUUGUAUUAAAUAAAUUAUAUAUGCUCCAG